AUGGCCUCCCGAAUUGUAAAUGAAACAAAUCGAAGCGAAUCCCCAGACAACGAUAGUCAGAAAGCACGCAACUAUUUCGAAACAUUACCAGAGCCUGGUCCGCCUGAAUUCGCAUUUGUUAGUGGUAUGGGGAAUACCACUUACCGAAGCCAUGCAAUGAAAUCCUACUGGAGGCAUAAGAAGAGCGAACAGCGACGCCAAGAAGACGCCGGACAUACCAAACCAGCUUUGCGACCAUUGUUAUCCCGCAAAGUGGGAGCAAAAGACGAGCGCGAUAGUCCCCCUCAGUCUCAAUUUCAACCAACAGAAGACUCUUACUCGUAUCUUCAUGACUCUUCUAUCUCAAUCAAGGAGACAAGAGCACCUGGUAUCCCCCAGCAGAUAUUCUCCGGGAUAAACUUUGCAUUAUCUUCAAGCUUGUACCAGGAAGCUGAAUUCGGCUCGUUUCAAACUUCAGUACAUCAUCACCGGUAUUUCUAUCAUUGUAAGCCCAGAUGGAGCAAAUUGUACCACACCAGAGUGUCCCGAAUACUGACAAGCUCACCUGCUGUCCUAGGGCUCGGUAUGCACGCCGAGCUCAUACAUUCAGGGCUCAAAUCGCAGACCUUUUCCCCGUUCAAAGAUAUUUGGAUACCACUCGACCUAUCAAAUGCCGCGUCAUUCAACGGGAUAUUGGCCCAUGCAGCUGCUGACCUCAAUGGCCGGCGAGAACAUGCGGACAAAUCAGAAGCCUUGAAAUUCAAAACCGAAGCCAUAGGUACUAUCAAUCUAUGGCUUAGCACUUCGACAAAUGCAAUUAAAGAUGAGGUCUUCGCUGGCGUCGUGCGGCUUCUCACCUUUGAGGUACGUUGA